AUGGUCAAACGAAAGAGGUCAAUCAAGGCCACCAAGAUCACCAAUGUCACUUCUGCUAGAUCGGCUCCUGCAUCACCUCGACGAACUAGUCCCAGAAAUGCCUCUAUUGCGGCCUCGGCCAGAAUUGACACUAACCCAGACAGUUUCUGUCCUUCGCCAGACGCUGAGGAGCCUGAGGUUGACAAUAUGAAAAGCAAGAAAGCAAGGACCGGGAAAGAGGUAGUCGGUGGACUUUCCGAGACACUUCCCGCACCGACCGUCAAUGUCAAAACCUCGCCGAAAGGAGGGGACGGGCUUGACAAGGAAGAUCCUGAAGCUGAAGGAGACGUGGAAGCCAACCCUGAAGAACUGAAAGAAGCCCUGUCCCGACCGCCUCCAGUAAACAGCUCGUACCUCCCAUUGCCGUGGAAGGGCCGCUUGGGCUAUGCCUGUCUCAACACCUACCUCCGUGCUGCAAAUCCACCAGUCUUUUCGUCACGAACGUGUCGCAUCGCCUCGAUCCUCGAGCACCGCCACCCGCUGAAAGAUCCUACCCAGCCCGAACAUCCAACCAAAAAUCGACCAGACAAGGAUCAGCCGGCGGACAUUGCUCGGGGGCAAGAGUAUGUGGAAGCCUUGGGUCUCGCCAAUGCGCGGGAUAUUGUUAAGAUGUUACGCUGGAACCAUCGCUAUGGCAUCAAAUUUCUCCGGCUCUCGUCUGAGAUGUUUCCAUUUGCCAGCCACGAUGUGUACGGGUACCAGCUCGCCCCCUUUGCCUCAGAAGUGCUUGCAGAAGCCGGUCGCGUGGCUGCCGAGCUCGGUCACCGCUUGACGACCCAUCCCGGGCAAUUCACACAACUGGGCUCACCGCGAAAGGAGGUUAUACAAGCCUCGAUCCGCGACCUAGAAUACCACUGCGAGAUGCUCGAGCUGUUGGAGUUGCCGCCACAGCUGAAUCGAGACGCGGUGAUGAUCUUGCACAUGGGUGGUGUCUUCGGCGACAAGGCCGUCACUAUCGCUCGAUUCAAAGAGAAUUACGUCAAGCUCCGACAGGGCAUCAAAGACCGUCUGGUUUUGGAGAAUGACGAUGUUAGUUACAGUGUGCAUGAUCUGCUGCCUGUGUGUGAAGAACUGAAUAUCCCACUUGUGCUGGAUUUCCACCAUCACAACAUUGUCUUUGAUGGGGACAAGGUGCGUGAAGGUACACUGGACAUCAUGGGUCUCUAUGAUAGGAUCACAGCCACAUGGACAAGAAAGGGUAUUACGCAGAAAAUGCACUAUUCAGAGCCUGUGCCAUCGGCCAUUACAGCACGACAGCGCCGGAAGCACAACCCGCGACCUGCAACAUUGCCGCCCUGUCCGCCGGACAUGGAUCUAAUGAUCGAAGCCAAAGACAAGGAACAAGCUGUCUUCGAACUCAUGCGCACGUUCAAGUUGCCCGGAUUUGACACCUUCAAUGAUAUGACACCGUACGUACGGAACGACGAGAAUAAGGCAUGGAAACCUCCGAGGAAGAAGAAAUCCCCCAGAAAGAAGCGCCUGAUCGAGGACGAUGAAGAAGAACUGGUCGACAAUGAUGAAGAUGCUGACAGAGAAGUUCCACCACUGCCUCUGAUCCCAGAUUCCGAGAUCAGCAUGGGUGGUCCCGAUGGACGAGUCUACUGGCCUCCAGGCAUGGAAGAAUGGCUGCGUCCAAAGAAACGAGACGUCAAGCCUCGAGAUCCAGCAAAGGCAAAGACGACGGCCGAGCGAGCGGCGCUAAGGCGGGCCGAGAAAGCUGCGUGGCAGGCUGCGAGAGAAGCGUCGGCAGAGGCAGAUACGCCAGGCUCCGCGGCCCAUGCGCACACUUUUGAAGUUGUAGACACGAAUGCGAUUCCUGGGACCAAGCCUAAUCUCGCUAGAGCAAGGAGUGUGUACGGUGUGGUGAAGGCGAAGAAGAGGAAACCAGUCCGGGCUCCUCAUUUGGGAGGAAGCGUGAAGAAUAAGAAGACCGCAAAUACAACUGUGCUGACCCCGAGUACAAGCGACCAAGAAUCUUAUCCCGACGACAAAGGGAAGAAGGACUCGCAAGACUUCGAGAUGCCGGACCUUACGGAUGCGGAGGAGGUGGCUCCGGCUGUUACCAAAGUCAAUCGGCGCGCACCAACGCGAACUCUGAGCGGAAGGAGUGCUAAGCGGAAGGCCGUCAAGUAUGCGGAGGGUGAUGACGACGAGGGCGAUUGA